UCAGCAGCCACCGAGCAUGGGUCCCUUUGGUAAUAGAAUAGCCAAUGUAAUUUGACACUUCAACUUACUGUGCUCUCUCCGAGUCUAUUCAGUUACUCACCCACUGACGCCGAGCCCAUUCUCAGUGGCCGCGAGGGGGGAAGAUAUUUAAAAAAAGCAAGAGUCGAAAAUUACCGAGGACUUUCUGCGCUUGAUAACCCGGGGCAGAAGAAUUGAGACACUGGAGUGUUUCUCCUCCUGGUGUGUGAAUGGGUGGGGGGGAGUCAAGGAUUGAAAAUAACACAGAAGUCUCCAGUUUAAUGGCUGGCAGGUAGAGGCCAAAGAGGGACAAUCAACAUGAACUCGAUUCCGUCGAUGGACAGACACAUACAGCAGACCAAUGACCGUCUGCAGUGUAUCAAACAGCACCUACAAAAUCCAGCAAAUUUCCAAACAGCAGCCACAGAGCUGCUGGACUGGUGUGGUGACCCCAGAGCCUUCCAGCGCCCCUUCGAGCAAAGCCUGAUGGGAUGCCUAACGGUGGUUAGCCGCGUAGCAGCGCAGCAGGGCUUUGACUUGGACCUGGGCUAUCGGCUCCUGGCUGUGUGCGCUGCCAACAGGGACAAGUUCACUCCAAAAUCAGCAGCCCUCCUCUCCUCGUGGUGUGAGGAGCUUGGACGCCUCCUCCUCCUCCGUCACCAGAAGAACAGGCAGAACGAGCCUCCGGGAAAAGUGCCCAUGCAGCCCCCCAUGAGUUCCAUGAAGCCCAGCCUCUCACAUGGAGAUGGGUCUUUUCCCUAUGACUCAGUUCCCUGGCAGCAAAACACCAACCAGCCUCCCGGUUCAGUGUCUGUGGUGACCACCGUGUGGGGUGUGACCAACACUUCCCAGAGCCAGGUGUUGGGGAAUCCCAUGGCCAACAGCAACAAUCCCAUGAACCCUGGUGGUAACCCUAUGGCCUCGAGUAUGUCUGGUAACACUCCAGGUAUGAACUCUCCUCAGUUCCCCGGUCCGCAGCAGCAGUUCCCCAACAAAGGCAACUCAAACCCGGCCUAUAUGCAGCAGGGGAUGUACGGUCGACCCAACUACCCUGGAGGAGGAGGCUUUGGUGGCAAUUACCCUGGAGGGCCGAAUGCUGGACCCGGUGGAAUGGGCAUCCCUCCGCACUCCCGUCCUCCCUCUGACUUCACCCAGCCUGCCGCUGCUGCCGCCGCAGCUGCAGUUGCUGCUGCUGCUGCCACCGCAACUGCCACUGCAACAGCAACUGUAGCCGCCCUGCAGGAAACCCAGAAUAAGGACAUGAACCAAUAUGGACCGAUGAGUUCCUCUUUCCAGAUGGGGCCAAAUCAGGCAUACAACAGUCAGUUCAUGAACCAGCCAGGACCCCGCGGCCCUCCAUCCCUUCCUGGAAACAUGGGCACAGGCAUGAAUGCAUCCAACAUGAGCGGGCCUCCAAUGGGAAUGAACCAACCCAGGGGCCAAGGCAUGGGGCCUUUUGGGGCACACGGUCAAAGGAUGCCUCAGCAAGGCUAUGCAGGUCCUCGGGCUCAGGGCAUGGGUAUGCAGGGCAUAAAAAGACCGUACCCAGGGGAGCCAAACUAUGGUGGGCAGCAGUAUGGACCAAACAACCAGUUCCCUAACCAGCAGGGCCAAUAUCCCACACCAAAUGCCUCCAGGCCGCUGCCAUCCCCCAACUACCCUGGCCCGAGGAUGCCAGGACAGCAGCUGCAAGGCCAAUACCCACCACCCAGUGGUGCCAUAGGCCAGUACUAUAAGCAAGAGCCACCUUUCAAUGGCCAAACAAAUAACUUCUCUGGGAGUGGAUAUCAGUACAACCAGGGAAAUAUGAAUGGGCCUCCAAGGCCAGUGGGGAACUACCCUCACUCGCCUGUGCCAGGAAACCCUACUCCUCCAAUGACACCAGGAAGUAACAUCCCGCCGUACCUGUCGCCAAACCAGGAUGUGAAGCCACCCUUCCCUCCUGACAUUAAACCAAAUAUCACCGCACUCCCUCCCCCACCAGCAAGCCACAACGAGGAACUGCGUCUGACGUUCCCAGUGCGGGAUGGAGUAGUCCUAGAGCCCUUCAGGCUAGAACAUAACCUGGCUGUCAGCAACCACGUCUUCCAUUUACGGCCCUCUGUACACCAGACACUCAUGUGGAGUCACUUAGAUGUUUUUUCCCCCCAGUCGCACUUGUUUGUGCUACAACUGGUCCAUCGGCCCUCAGUUCGCUCUGUCCUCCAAGGCUUACUGAAGAAGAGGCUUCUGCCUGCAGAGCACUGCAUCACCAAAGUAAAGAGGAACUUCAGUAGCGUGGCAGCGUCGUCGGGCAAUACCACAUUAAACGGGGAGGAUGGCGUGGAGCAGACAGCCAUCAAGGUUUCGCUCAAAUGUCCAAUCACCUUCCGGCGAAUACAGCUUCCAGCAAGAGGGCAUGACUGCAAACAUGUUCAGUGUUUUGAUUUGGAAUCAUAUUUACAACUGAACUGUGAGCGGGGAACAUGGCGAUGUCCUGUAUGCAAUAAAACUGCGUUGUUAGAAGGACUCGAGGUGGACCAGUACAUGUGGGGAAUCCUGAAUGCUAUUCAAAACUCUGAGUUUGAGGAAGUGACAAUUGACCCGACGUGUAGUUGGCGGCCGGUGGCUAUAAAAUCAGAAAUUCACAUAAAAGAAGAUCCAGAUGGACCACUGGCAAAGAGGUUUAAGACGAUGAGUCCCAGCCAGAUGAUCAUGCCUAAUGUGAUGGAGAUGAUAGCUCAACUUGGCCCCGGACCCUCACCAUACCCAUCGCUUCCUUCUGGGCAAGGAGGCAAUAACAGCGAAUACGGAAGCCAAGGCAACAGUUACCAGAGCCAUGGGAACUUUGAUUUCCCUCACGGGACCCCUGGUGGUACGUCGAUGAAUGACUUCAUGCAUGGUCCCCAGCUGUCUCACCCACCUGACAUGCCCAACAACCUGAUGGCACAAGACAAGCCACUGUCCCACAAUAUGCCUGACACAAUACCUCAUUCUGUUGGCAAUGACCAACCGCAUGGUCCACUGCAGCAGAGUUUACACGCGUCUCCACACCCUGGGAGCCAAUCAGGGCAGCAGCUACACCACAGCGGGCCUCCUCAGCCCUCACGACAAGCUCCUCCUCCUCAACAACAGCAGCAACAACAGCAGCAGCCUGGCCCCAACAACCACCCUCACAGCGACCUGGCCUUCAACCCCUCCAGCAGUUUGGACAGCCAAGCAGGGUCAGACAUGCCUGAGCCGUCCUUAGACCUUCUUCCAGAGCUCGCUAACCCAGAUGAACUGUUGUCCUACCUGGAUCCCCCAGACCUCCCCAGCAAUAGCAACGAUGACCUUCUAUCGCUCUUUGAAAACAACUGAGGCGAUUCAGAAACAUAUAAUCACUGACUGCUGCAGUUUCCCUGAGAACCCAAGGUGGUCACUCAGUACUUGAUAAACACAAAGAUGCACUCCCUUUCUCUUCUUCCUCUUGUACAACUUUCAUUCGCCAGCACAGAUUGACUGAAAGAGGUUACAACUCAAAGACACGGCAAGGGUUUUCCCUGCCCUCUCACCCAGAGGUGAUAACUUUGAACUGUGCAGCUAUACUCAGUUGAUUUUUUUUUUUUAAUGUCACACACAUGUGUAUGUGUGCUUAUUAGGAACGUGUUGUAGCAUUUUUUUUUUUAUUCGUGUUUUGUUUCCUUUUCCGAAGAAAAAGGAAUUCACUGUAAAAAAACAGAAAAAUAACUGAAAAAACCUGCGCUAUCUGGCCAGUGCGUUUUAUCUUAUUCCAAUCUGAGAGGCCACAGCUUCCUGGUGUCGCAGCUCCAUUCCCUGACUGGUCUGGUUAAUCGCACUUUUUUGUCCACCACACAUCAUUUAAAAGCACAAGAGAUUCUGACAACGCAAAAACACAAAAAUCUGCCUUUCCAAAAAUAAACAAAAAAUAAGAUCAACGUGCCCAUCUUUGACAAAAUGUCUUUUCUAAAACAAAUUUUUGCUCCUCUGCCAAGAUUUUAAAAAAUAUUUUUGGGACUGAUCGGCAUCCACUUUGUCUACGAUUGUGCUAUUUUUUAAACACAUAGAUGUCCCUCCUUUUUGGUUUCGACAGCAGAAAAUGAAAAGAAAUUGCCCCAAUUACACCAAACAACAUUCAUAACAGAGUAGCAUAUCUGUCCAUCUACAUAUUGUAAAGUUAUUGUCCCUUGUACAAAGAAGGGAUUUCAUUGGAAACGUAAGGUACAACGUGCGAGGUUUAGGUUCCUGUGACGAUCCUGCUUUGUCGCUUCCUGCUACAACUCCUUCCAUCAGCUCUGCAUGAGCCAUCGUGUUUCUCUUGUCAGCAGUUUUGCUGAAUUACAUCUCUCUUCCCGGUUAAAUGAUGUUGUUUAAGUAAUCUACAAAGUGCAUGUGUGCCAAGCCCUUGUCUAGUGCUGUUCCAAGUGGUGAUAACAAAAGAUAGUGUGGUUUUUAUCAGUUGCUGUUUCCACAGAUCUUCUUUGUUUGCUUGUUUUAUGAUUUUCUGUCAGGUUUAGUAUGAUUUUAUUUAACACUAACAUUGAAGGGAUGAUGUUGAUGUCAGCAGUACAUUUAUCAUGUAUUUGCUGCAUAUACUGUGUUAUGUUUAUUAUGUUUUGUUUUUUUUAUUGUUGCUGCACAAUUAAACUAUACAUAAACCUUUUGGGAAACUGCUCAACAUCACCAAAGUUAGUGGGAUGAGAAUGGAAAUGUUUGUGCUUGCUUGGUCCUGUAAAGACUGAAAGUGUGUGCACGCAAGUGUGUGAGUGUGUGUGUGUGUGUGUGUGUCAGCGUGAUUGGAUGUAAUAUUGGUUUUAAAGAUAAAGUAGAGGACAGUUUAUCCAUCACUGCUGUUCAAGAAGUGGUUUUCAAAGCAGUAUUGGUGCAGAUUUCUUUCUUUUUGCCACAUUUGUUUUCAUUUUAAUGUUAAAAAAAGAGUGCUGUUCUGUAUGCAAAUGUAUUAUUUUUUAAGAAAUGCUAUUGUACUGUAAAUAUCAUUGUGAAUAUUUUUGUAUCAUCUUGAUAAUGUUUGUCCUUCGAUCAUUAGUCGUCCAACUUAACCACAUAUGCUCCCAAACCAGCAUACGGCUGUCUCGUCUCCACGCCGGGGCGUAGCCAGCCCAAGCAUUUCAUAAGCUAUCGCAGGUCGUCGUCGUUUCCCCCGAGUCGCUUUCCCACCUGUUCAUGUCCUAAUAUUUGUUGUCCCCUUCCUUGCAUCAGCUCAAAGUGCUUGUGUAUCAUCAUUUCAGUUUUCAGACGUUGCACUCAGUUCAAAGCAAUAUUUUCCCUCAUGCUACGAUGUAUUGAUUCAAAAUGAUCAAUGUUGUCUGCUCAUGAAUUUAUGUUGACCUUCGUCAGUGAUGCUGAACAGUAAUGGGUUUCGAAUUAUGUGGUGUCAGCUGGCUUUCAGUGUAAUUAGUGAGCUAUGUGAAUAUCAUAAUUGUUGCUAAUUGUCAGUGGUAUUUUAAAGAUAUAUCACAACCAUAUUUUAAAGAAAUUCAUGAUAUUGUUUAUAUUUUUGUUAUAGAAAAAAUGUGGCUUUUUUUAAAAAGCAUGAGACCAUAUACAUUUUUAUCCCCCUUUGUUCUUGGUAAAUUAUUUUGUACUGGUUUUCUUAUUAAUCUGUAAGGCUAGAAAUCCAAUUUCUUUCAAUUGUAGCAUUGUGCUGAAUCAACCAUCCUGAUUUCAUGUACGCAUUAUUUUUAAAUGUUAUAAAAGGAAUUUGUUUUUUCCUAUUCAGAGCCCUAACUUGUUUCAUAUUUUAGUCACAAGGAAACAUCAAAUCAAAAGUCUGUGCUUUCAACAGUUCACUGGUGUGUUUUCAUUCUUCGCGAUCUGAAUUGAAACUUUUAAACAAUCCCACGGAAGUCUUUAUCAUUUCAGUCUUUUUCUUCUUCUUUUCAAAUUGGUGAAAAAGGCAGCACCCCUAAUUUGUAGUUGCACAAUCACAAUAAAGGGACAUUUCUCUGGGGGGGAUGUUGUUUUAAAAGAAAAAAACAGUUGAAAAAAGAAAACGAGUUAAUAAAAAAUUUAAAAAUUAAAAACAAAAACAAAAAAAAGGAAGGGCACGUUCACUAGUUUGACCUGGAAAGGAUUUUAAGACCAGGUCAAACAUCCCAAGGAUGCCUGUAUAUAUGUAAAUUAAUAUAGAGACAUGUGAACAGAAAUGUAUUCAUUUUCCCUGGGAAUGUGCAUUGUUUCUUCAGAAUAAUAAAAAGCUUGCAACCCCUCUACUGGAAGUGGCUGAAUAUGGAAAAUGAAACUUGUUAGUUAGUGUCUGUGGGUAUCGCUCAGCAUUUUGUUCCCACUCUGUAUUAUACUUUCACCUCUUUUGUUACGGGAACUGGGACAGCAAUGUUUUACAUGUAAUAUUUAGCCUAAGUGUUCUAGUCUGUCACCUGCAUACUCUGAGGUGCUAAAGCUAAAAACUUAAAAAACAAAUACAUUUAAAAAAUAAAAAAAUACAUACAAAGCAAAACAAACAAUAAAAAAAAAAAAAACGGUUACAAAGAAAACUGCUCGGAGGUGAGGAAGAAGCACGGUGGGAGGGACGGGUCCAGAAGAUUGUAACCAAUCCAUAGUUUGUACAAUUUUUAAUAUCAUGAACAGUUGGAAAAAUUAUACAAUCUAAGGUGAUUCAUGCAAUGUGGCCAUUGUCUCUCUGUUUGUACAUUGUAUGUACAAUCAUUUCAUAUUCUAAACUGGUGAGAAAAUAAAGGAACUAAUUGUGAUUUUUAGUCUUGCAGAACUGUAUGUAGUUAGAUGAUGUGACAACCUAAUAUUUAUCUAAUAAAUAUGUAUUCAGAUGAUA